UCACCCCACUACUGUUAGGAUGGCUGUUGUCAAGACCUAAGGCAACAAGAGUUGGCAAGAGCGUGGGGGAAAAGGGAACCCUGUACACUGUUGGUGGAAAAGCAAAAUGGCGCAGCUGCGAUGGAAAUUUUUUAGAAACCCGUUCGUCUCCUCACAGUGAGUUGCACCUCAGUUCUGGAGGCUAGAAGUCCAGAGUGCCAGCUUGGCCGGUUCUGAUGAGGGCCCUCUUCUGGGUUGCAGAUGGCCGAUUUCUCCUUGUAUCCUCCCAUCGUGGAAAGCAGGUCCCCACUGCCAAACAGCCUCGGCAGAAUAGGGGCGGGUUCCCCGGCGCGGCGGAGCCUCUGCUAAUUCGGCAAGUGCCAAGCCCACCAGCAGCCACCACACCUGGAGGCUCGUCCCUCAACUGCACCUGCGUUCCCGGCCCGGCUUCUCUUCCCGCGCCCCCCUGCACUGCACCCCUGGGAAGGCUGUGCCCACACCGCGGCCUCCGCCCGUCCACACCGCGGCCCGAGGCGUUCCUGGCACCCGGCUCCGGCCUGCCCGCCGCACCAGCCGCCCUGGCGCUGGCGGAGAACCGGUUUCCCGCCCCGGCGCUGUUCCAGGAGGUGCGCCGAGCUCCGCGCGAAGCGAAGCAGACACCAGAACUGACGAGGCUCGCCCUGUUUUUAAUGAAAUUCCUAACACUUUGA